ACAUUUUUUGCCUUCAACUUUAGACGCCGAGGGCGAAAUAUAUAUGCAUUAAUUGCCAAAGUUUGUUCUCUGUUCGACGUCGAUAAGUAUUGUUGAAAGAUCACCUUCUCAUAAUCAUGUCAUCAGUUAAUUGCGGAUGCAACGUGUAGCUGUUCUGGAAAAAGUUUCCUAAAUAGUCAUCCUUUACAGCUCACACAAGUUAUGCAAGAAACUUGGUCGAUGUCAACGAUGCAGAGUAAUCUAAGACACAGAGAUGAGUAUCAACUCGUACCUCGAAUUACAACUUAUAGAGUUCUCACUGCUUCAGCUGAAAAUCCCAAUAACGACUUAUCAUAACUAUAUUUCUAAACAAACAUUGGUGCUUCCGUCCUCCUCCGGCAAAAAUGUUGCGUCCAAGCCAUCGGAUGCCUGAUCCUGAAUCGCUCAUUUUGGAACGAUUUUAAAGUAUUGUUUUUUUCAGACUGUUUUCUGCCAGGGCAUGUACGUCGAUCUGCUGCUUUCAUUGACUCCAUUCGGCGAUACAUAAAUACCUGAAAUAUCUUUUUGCAGAUUAUUGACACAAUCUCAAAAAACCCAGAUCAUAUAUAAAGUUAUCUUUCAGCGCCAUGUCUAGCCUUACAAGGGAAUCAAACGAUUCUUCCGCUUUCAAUUACGAUGAAAUUUUUUCCAGCAGGACAUGACGCUAUUUUAUCGUGAAAUGUCCAACGGUAUUUUAUCAUGUAAUGACAGGCUUUCUUUGCUCUGUCCGACUUCGUGUCUCGUGGAUUUUUUCCCAUGAAGUAACAUGAAAAGAGGUCACUUUUAAGCCGCUUUCACUUGAAAAUCACCAUCAAAAAUCUUAAGUCUGCCGAUUAACUCUCAGUUGGUCAGAGGGUCUCCAGAGUUUCUCAUCAGAGUUUCACCUCCUUUCCUUGUAUGUGUGAAAGCCGGUAUUGUCAAAAUAAAAAAACAAGAAAGAGAGAAAAACAUACUUUUUACUGACGUGAUCUGGAGCAGUUGAAACCGGCUGAAGGGGUCAACAUCGAAGGACAUCAAUAUGGCCACACUUGAGCAACUAAACCACCAAGAAUCCCUUCUCAAGCAAAAACUCGAAGGAACAAAAAAUAUCACAGAACGAAGGAAACUCCGAGCGGAAUUGCGAUCUGUGAGGGACCAGAAAGAACAAUUGACAGAUGUUAAUGCCAACGACACGAGAACAACUACCAUGUCGUCAAAAUUUACUAUGUCCGUGAAUAGCACAGAAAAAAGGAAGUACGAAGAAAGAACCAUACGCGUUAACAGAGAAGAAAGUCCUGCCAGGAAAGAAAACGUUGCCCCACAACAGCCUAGAAGUGCACGAAGCACGUUUAGUUUUAAAAUGACAGAUAAAGACGAAGACAAAAGCGAAAGCCGCCAGGCGGAAAGUAGCUCAUGGAGACGUCAGACCAAUCAUGUGAAAUCCAGCGUUGACGAGAAACGACCGCGGAAAGACCAAGACCUCAACAACAACACUGAUGUGAAAAAGGCCGAUAAAGAAACAGAAGUUCCGAAAAGAGUCUCGCGGAGGUCAUCUUUGGCAGAAUUGUUCAAAAUUGAACAUGAAGGGAAAAACAGAGAGCCAAAACCUACAAAUCCUACCCCACCCCCACAAGCGACAGUAUCCUCGUCACCAAUGCUCAAGCGUAUGCCUAUGGAAACUCAUCAGGAUACGAAGACCAAGCAAGACUUGUUACAGAAUCUAGGGCGGCUUCGUGGCCGGCGAAGGUCUGUUCGUGAGAUCGAGAGGAAGGAGGAAUUGGAAGGGUUGAUGUACGUAAAGAGUGGCGACACAGUUAAACUAGUGAACACCUCACAAGGCGAUGAGCAGGUUAAAGAACAGAGAAAGGUUCGGCGCUCCUCGCGGAAAGAGAGCCAUGAAAAGCUGAAGGUCGAAGGAAACACUAUCAGCAACCGCAACGAAACGGAAUUAUCGGCUAUCCAGGAGAGCCCGCGAUCUCCAAACGCAAAGAAACGAUUUGGAUUUGGCGAUGAAGACAACGCAGCUCCAAAGAGGCUGGAAACUCCCCUUCAGAAAGAGGAAGCUCCCAAGGCCAGAAUCUGGCAACCCCCUCCACGCGCCAAUACAAAUGCGGAAUCCAACCGCCCUGGAAGGCAGUGGUCUGAUCCAGGCUCUCAGCGGGUUGGGCCUCCCAGGCCUAAUUCAUUCUUACCACCUAAAGCUAAUGAGCCUCCUAAGUUUGGACGGCCAGGAGGAGGAGGAGGAGGAGGUGGCGGAAUGGGCUCGGUGAAAGAUCGUAUGGCCUUCUUUAGAAAAGCUGCCGAGGACGAGAAAAAGGCAAAGGAGAAACAGUUCGUAGCUAAAUCCCCAACAGCGCCUGUCAACAGGUUUACUGCCCCUUCACCCACCAGUCCUUCAGCCCCGUCACAAACAACGACGACGCCUGCCACCACUCCAACAAGCCUAACAGAAAAAGUCUCCCUUAAGAAGGCUCCGGAUCCGAACAAGGCUCCACGAGAGUUAAAAAAGAAACCUCAACUCAAAAGACAGAUGUCAGUAUCUUCGUUGAUUUUGACGUGGUGUAAAGAUGUCACGCAAGAAUACGAGGGAGUAAACAUUACAAACUUCAGCGGAGCUUUUAGUAAUGGUUUAGCGUUUUGUGCUUUGAUCCAUAAAUUUAACCCAGACAAGUUUGACUACAACUCGCUAUCCGCUGAAAAUAGAGAAUACAACUUUAAGCUGGCUUUCGAAACUGGAACUUCUGUUGGGAUACCUGCUCUCCUCGACGUCGAAGAUAUGGUUCGUCUCAAAAAACCGGAACCGCGCAGUGUCCAGUGUUACGUUCAAAUGAUAUUUAGUAAAUAUCGACCAAAAGACAUGGACAUGUCUAAUCUUAUUAUAGCUUGAAUAUCAUUGUUAGAAAUCAGAUCAAUUGAAUUUUGUAAAGCAGUAGGAAGUUAUGUGUUAUGGAGGUGCGAAAGUUUUUUUUUUUUGUCAACAUAUCUCGUUCAGUGGACGUUUAGGCUUAAUUGUGAAUUUCAAUCUGCUUUGUAGGAAUUUUCUACUGAUUUUCUUCUACUAAUUUAAUUAUUUUGGCGUUCGCAUUGCACUGGCUAUCACUACAUUUAAAGCUCGAAAGAAAAACACUCUUUUUACCGCCAAUAAAACAUGAUAGCAGUGUAGACUACUGCUGUUUAAGUAAUCUUACAAGUCUUGUACAACUGAACGGUAUAAAGGCUCAAAUUGAAUGAUCCGAAUUGAACCCAGUUUCUUUACAACUCUUUUGAGCCCCUGAAACUUUGGGGUCUGGGGAAAAAAACAAAUUAAGCAACAGAGACAUUUAUCUGGGUCGAAUUUUGGGAAAAUAUCUAUAUCAUACGAGAUAAUAUUCAUUCAUUAUUAAGAUACAUGAAGUUUGAAGCUGCCGGGUGCAAAUAAGACAUCAUGUAUUUAUAGAGUGUACAAGAAACGCCUGUUUGUUUGGCAUUUCAAAUAAUUUGAAAAAAUUGAUACAGUAGGUUUAGGUAGAGUUAUUUUUUCUACAAUUGUGCGAUUGCGAUUUUGUCAAGUAAAGAAUUUUAUUCAAAAGAAUUGACUUUUACCUAAAA